AUGAAUUUCAGCCAUAAGUGGAGAAAGUGGAUUGCAGGGUGCCUUGGUUCGGCUUCCACUAAUGUCUUGGUGAAUGGAAGUCCGUCGGGCGAAUUUCAGUUGGAAAGAGAACUCAGACAAGGAGAUCCUCUAUCUCCGUUUCUCUUCCUCGUUGUCGCAGAAUGGCUGAAUGUGCUUGCUGAAAGAGCUGUCCACAAAGGCCUACUGGAACCGGUAAAAGUUGGGAGGGAUGAGAUCGGGAUUUCUCAUCUACAGUAUGCGGACGAUACAAUGUUUGUGGCGACCGAAAAGAUGGAGAAUGCUUGGGCCUUCAAGUGCAUUCUCAAGCUCUUCGAAAUGCUCUCGGGCAUGUCGGUUAAUUUUGAUAAAAGCAGCAUUUUGGGUGUCGGUAUUGAUGGCUCGAAAUGCGCUGAAGCGGCUGACAUUCUCGAGUGUAAUGUUGGAGAGCUUCCAACAAAAUACCUUGGCAUCAAAAUAGGUUUCUUUGGGAAGGGGGAGAGAAUGAGGCUAGGAAAAUACAUUGGGUAUCUGUCGGAGAGGAAUCUGCUGUGGGCGCGAGUUAUUAGGGCAAGUCAGGGGGAGGUUUGUUGGGAUGGGGAGGGUUUCCGAACAGAGGAGACGAGGGAAAUGAGAGCGGGAUGGUGGAAAAAUGUUUUGAGUAUGAGUUGGGGGGAAUAUGGGAAGUGGUUCAGGGAAAACAUCGAACCAAAAAUUGGGGAAGGAGAUAGUUUUCUGUUUUGGCAGCAACGAUGGAUAGGGGAGAAGAGGUUGAUGGAAGAUUACCAGCGACUUAAUCGACUUAGCAACAAUCAGAGAGGGUUGGUUAAAGAAAUGGGGGAGUGGAUUGAGGGUGAAUGGAAAUGGAAAUUUCUGUGGACCCAUGAGCUUAUGGGAAGAGAACUAGAUCAGCUCGAAGACUUGCUUUCGAAAAUUCAAAAUUGUCGCUUGGUAGCAGGAGUGAAGGAUGGCUGGAGAUGGAAAGUUUCUCCAAAUGGGCUUUACUCGGUAAAUUCUGCCUACAAAAUGGCGAUCACAACUGCUUGGAAAGUUUUGAAAGGGAGAGUUCCUACUAGUGAAAACCUUCGCAAGCGACAAGUGAUCAUCCAGGAUUCGGAGGAGCUUUGUGUUUUUUGCAAAGGGGCAGUUGAAACCAUUGACCACCUUUUCUUCGAAUGCCAUGAAACCGAAGAAAUUUGGAGUCAUAUUUUACGAUGGGUUGGGAAACAAUCAGCUAGACACCAUAAGGCGAAAGAUCAUCUGCUGGCCUUUGUUAAUCUUGGAAACAAGAAGGAUGCAUCUUUUCUUCUUGGAGUUUGGAUUUGUACGAUUUGGUGUCUAUGGAAAGGAAGGAAUGAAUGUAAAUUCAACCAAGGUAUGUGGAGCAAAGAGAGAAUGACAGCAGAGAUCAAGAUUAGGCUGUGGGGGUGGAGGACAGCUUUCAAAGUGUCUUCCUCUCCUUUGGAUUUCAGGCGAUGGAUUGUUGCGGUGAACUUGGAUGGCUAG